UGCCGUAAAAGAGCCAGCCAAUCCGGCAUGCCCCGAAAGCAGGCGGGGUGCACCUCUCCUGUUGGGAGCAUAACUUUGAGAUGCCCCGUUUAAUCCCAUCUUUCAAGGGAAACGCGGUCUCCUUUUUAAAAUCAUCUUUCAAAAUCAUCAUCUUUUAAAAUCAUGUCCCCAUCGGGUGUCGGAAGGCUGGACUCCGCUACCCUGGAAUUCGCAGCGGAACGCAGAUCGUCAACUUUCCUCUACACCUCUGGAAAUUCUGCUGUUCCUCAAUGGCUGGUAUUAUGCCACAUACUUUUUGCUGGAGAUUUUCAUAUUUGUCUAUAAAGGUCUCUUGUUGCCUUAUCCAUCUGCUAAUCUGGCUUUGGACCUGGUUAUGCUUUUUCUCUAUCUUGGAAUUGAAGUCACAAGGAUAUUUUUUGGCUCCAAAGGUAACCUUUGCCAGCGGAAAGUGCCACUUGCUAUCAGCCUGGCACUAACCUUUCCAGCAGCAGUGAUGGCAGCCUAUUACCUACUUCUGCAGACCUAUGCCUUGCGUUUGGAAGCCAUUCUGAAUGCCAUCCUGCUUUUCUUCUAUGCAGUUGAGCUAUUACUGGGGAUACUAACGUUAGCCUCCUUUUCCAGUUUGGAUUCAUAUUGAGAAUCUCUGUGGAUUGUACUAUGUGAAACACUUUGUGAUUAAGGGAAGUUGCAUGAAACCAUUUCCAUGCCUAGCCCAGGAGGAAGUUGACAAGCUGGUUUCUUGGGCAAGAUGAAAGAACAUAUAGUUCCAGUAUUUGCUUCAGGCAUGCUGAGGUACUGUCCUGAGAGUAGAGUUUCCAAUCCUAGACUGGAUGGUCUAAGCACAUCAUCAUCAUCCUUGUAUCCCAUCCUAGAGCAUAACAAUUGACCCACUUGGACUUGGCGGUAUUCAAGACUGAUUUUUGCAGUUCUCAAGACUGUGGAUCCAUGAACUUCAGCCAGUGCAUAGAUUUUGCCUGCAAAUGCUGUUCUCUUCAGAUUCUUCAAAUGGAAACAUUCUAACACUGACUCAAAUCUUUACUAUGUGUACAAUGACUCUUGUUAGAAUGCCUUUGUCAAGUCUAUUUGUUACAGCUGAUGUCCUGCUCUUAAGAGGGAUGUCCAUUCCCUAGAAAUCAGUAUUGUUAUUGUGGUGUAUUGGUAAUUUGUGAUUGAUACUUGAUUUUUUUCUACAAUACCCUUGACAUAAAUACUUAUUUUUCAACUAUUAUAAUUAUGUGAUAGUUCUAAGUGAUAGAAAUAUGCUCAGCUAUCUCCUGUCUUCGAUCUACAACCAAUGAAAGAUGCACACACACAAACAUAUGUGCUAUGGUAGCUGAGACUUUCAGUCAUGUGUUUAAGUUCAAGGAAAAUUUUGAUUUAACCAGGUUUAUAUGAAGGGGUCCUGAACUGGACCAACAAUUUAAUUUCGUACCUUUUACACAGGACUGGGCAAUUUUUUUGUUGCAGUUGUUGAUGUCAUACUUCCCUUAUUUUGCAUUGAGGAUGGGUGGAAACAGAGUUAUUGUAAUAGAGGUAAUCUUUGAUUUAUGACCACAGUUGACCCAAAAUAUCCAUUGAUAAGCAAGACAGUUGUUAAGUGAAUU